AAGCUGUCUGCAUCAUACCCUCUUACCUUUACGCAUUGCAUUGGAUGUCCACGUACAGAUAUCUUGUAUUCUUCUUUCAGAAGAGUACGAGAUGUCUUUAUCUGCUGAACUGUGCAGAACUCUAUGCUUCUUAGCAAGGCAGAGCCACUUCACAAUGCCAUCCCCAUAAGAGCUACUCAAGCCUAGGCCGGAUACCAACGGCCGUCGACGCAAUUCAUUUCGAACCCUCCUCUCCUCCCUCCAGAAAGAAUCAAGACGCAACAGCACACCAUGGCGCAAACGCUCCGGCACAUCCACCUCCCCGGCAUCACUCCCUACACCACCGCCGCGCGCCUCCAAGAAUCCCUUGUCGCGCGCUUCCUCGCCUCCAAGCCGCCCACCAACGCGCCCGCCCCCAGCCCACACAUCAUAACCGCCCAGUUCGCGCCCGUCUACACCUGCGGGCGGCGCGAAAUCGGCACCGUCUCGGCGCCGCAACAAGCCUUCCUCCGCGCCGACGGCCGCGCUUCCUUCGUCGAGGCCAUGCGCGGCGGCCAGACCACCUUCCACGGCCCCGGCCAGCUCGUCGCGUACCCGAUCCUCGACCUGCGCGCGCACAAGCUCACGCCGCGCGCCUACGUGUGUUUGUUGGAGAAGUCGCUGAUUGCGACGUGUGCGCGCUUCGGCAUCAAGGCGAUGACUACGGAGCAUACGGGCGUGUGGACGAGCCCGGAUGAUAAGAUUGCGGCGGUCGGAGUACAUAUGCGCAGGAACGUGACGAGUCAUGGGGUGGGGCUGAAUGUUGGCACGGAUUUGUGGUGGUUUGAUCGGAUUGUGGCGUGUGGGCUGGAGGGGAAGCGGACGACUAGUUUUGAGAGGGAGGGGGUGGAGGGGAAGAGUGUGGAGGAGGUGGGGGAGGCGUAUGUGAGUGAGAUUACGGCACGGCUGCUGGGGGUUGAGGGCGUGGAGAGGGCUGGCGAAGAGGAGGUAGCCGAGUACCUGAAGGUGUGAACAGAAACUCUACUUUGUGAUGGUUCCACCGGGUCUGCCACCUACGAAUGAGCUGUCCUGGUACCGGAACAUGAUCAUGAACAUCAACAUCAACGGAUAACAGUCUGACUGUUGACCAAUUCUCUAUCUAGCAAAAGAGCCUCUAACGUCGCUGGACAGUCAACAACACUGUAUCCUCGUUGUUGGGAGAGACACUCAAUGCCUUCUAGUAAUAACAGAACCAGAACCCUACCACUCUCGACCGAGAAUCACUAGCUGCAGGGAUAUGACAGCAGGUAGAAAGGGCGACUGUUCUUUGAAACAGAUUUGCAGGUUGUUCGGCAGCGUAAUUGGGGCAAUUUUAAGAAAAACAUAUCUUUCAACUACUGAUACCCUGUCUUGGGCAGCACGGCAGAAGGUUUGUAAGGGUGACAAUUCCUUAGCAUGUCGAGAGUUUCAUUUUCAUCGAUCUUUAUGAACCUUGUUACAAUCCAUGAAAAAACGAACGGGUCCCC